AUGAAGGAGCUGCUGCAGGCACCAGGGGAUGGCGGUGCCCCCCCCUCCUCUUCUUUCCCGGAGUUGUGCUUCCCCUGCGCGCAGCCCCCCGUCCACAGCGACUCCGGCAAGCUACUGAAGCUCCGAGGCUGCAGGAACGUGCCCCUGAAGAUGUUCAGGGGCCCCCUCAAGGCGCGGCUGCGGCUGAAGCACGCCAUGGUCACCUUCCUCGCCCUGUGCAUGGCGAGCGUAGCCGACGAGCACGUUGACCAGACCCUGAAGAUGUUGGAGUCCGUCGCCCUUCGGAUCUUCCUGGCUCGGUACGGCUGGCUGGACCCCGUGCCGUGGAGAGAGGGCUCUGGACACGCUGACGCCGACCCCGCCACCGCCCCCUGGGAUGACCUCGACUUUGCCAACCCCGUCCCGGACGAACUCCCCGUGGAGCCCGACUCGGAGCCAGCCCACUCGGACUCCGCAGAGCUGCCCGCUUGGGGAGCCGAGGCGGGUGCCGGGCCCCAAGAGGAGGCGUCACGGCGGGGCGAGCGAGCGGGGGGGCGAGCGGGGGUGGCGUUCUUCGUCGGCGUAGGCCCAGCCGUGGCCGAUGCCCUGCGCAGGUUCCAGGCGGCGCACGGCCUCGAGGUCACGGGCCUCCUGGACCCCGGGACCAGGGAGGCGAUGAGCCAGCCGCGUUGCGGUGUCCCCGACAGGCAGACGGGAGAGGCGGCAGCUGAUCGGGCCUCUCCCGAGGAGGAGGAGAAGGAGGAGGGGGGGGAGGCCGCGCCGCCGCCGGCGGCCGCCUUCGCGGCCCGCGUGGUGCGCUGGAGGCUCCUGAGCGAAGGCUUCAGCACGAGGCUGAGCGUUGUGGAGCAGAGGGCCGUGGUGCGCCUCGCGUUCCGCAUGUGGAGCGAGGUGGCUCCGCUCGUCUUCAAGGAGGACCUCACGUCCCCGCCCGGAGACGUGGACAUCCGCUUGGGGUUUGGCACGGGCCGCCACCUGGGCUGCCCGCAUGCCUUUGACGGCUGGGGCCGCGAGGUGGCCCACGCCUGGACUCUGGGGGACGUCCACUUUGACGACGAUGAGGACUUCAGGGGCCUCGGGGAGGCCCGGGGCAUCAGCCUGCUCAAGGUGGCCGUGCACGAGAUCGGUCACGUGUUGGGGCUGCGCCACGCGCUGCUGCGCGGCUCCGUGAUGCUGCCCGAGUACCCCGGGGGAGGGGUCUGUGAGCUGCACCCCGAGGACAGACGUGCCGUGCAGCACCUGUACGGCGUGUGCGAGGGGCGCUUUGACGUGGUGCUGGACUGGGUCCGCCGUUCGCCCGACGACCCCACGGGGCCCCCACGCUACAACACGUUCUUCCUGCGCUCCGCCUGGUACUGGCUCUACGAGAACCGCAGUCAGCGCACUCGCUACGGAGACCCGCGGCCCAUCGCAGCCGGCUGGCGGGGGCUGCCACCGGGCGGUGUCGACGCCUUUGUGCACGCGUGGACCUGGAGCCAGGACUGCGCCUAUUUCUUCAGAGGGUCCUAUUACUGGCGCUACGACAGCGAGCGAGACCAAGCCUUCGUGCGAGACCCCCAAGGGGUCUCCUACCCCCGACUCAUCUCAGAGGGAUUCCCAGGGGUCCCGUACCCCCUCGACACGGCCUACUUCGACCGCAGGGACCAGAACAUUUACUUCUUCAAAGGGAGUGGAGUGACGGUGUUCAACGUGCGCUUGGGCCGCGUGUCCCCAGGCCCUCCGCGGGCCCUGCGCUCCGUGUUCCCGGCCCUGCUGGGCCCAGGCGGGGACCACCCCGGGGGAGGCCUGGAUGCGGCCUACUACUCGUACGCCCACGGAGCCCUCUUCCUCCUGAAGGGCCCUCACGCGUGGAGGGCCCUCACGGACGCCGAGAGGCGCGCCUGGGCCUCGGGCGGGUCGACGAUAACGAUGAAGGAGACGAUGAAGACGAUGCAGGAGACGAUGCAGGUGAAGGCGACGCUGCCGCCUAGGAAUGCACUGCUGCCCCGGCAAGCGACGGCGCAGAUCUGGCGGGACAUCUGUGAUGCCGGUGCGGCCGGGGUUUAG